AUGCAUACUUGUAAGGCUCCUGAUCCUGAUGGCAUGCAUGCAAUUUUCUAUCAAAGAUUUUGGCACGUAGUUGGUGAUGAGGUAGUCAAGUUUGUUUGCAACAUUUUACAUGGUCAUUCUUUUCCUGAUGAGAUUAAUUGUACUAAUAUUGCUCUUAUCCCAAAAGUUGCUUCCCCGCAGCUUGUAUCUGAUUUUAGGCCCAUAAGUCUGUGUAAUGUAUUGUAUAAAAUAGCUUCUAAAGCUCUUGUUAUCAGACUUAAAAAUAUUUUGCUUGUGAUUGUAACGGAGAACCAGAGUGCAUUUGUUCCUGAGCGGAUGAUUACAGAUAACUCUUUGAUCGCCCUGGAAUUAUUUCAUACUAUGAAGCAGCGAAACAACAGCAGAACGGGUAUUAUGGCAAUGAAACUGGAUAUGAGCAAGGCCUAUGAUCGGGUAGAGUGGGGUUUUCUGAGGAGGCUUCUGCUGACUAUGGGAUUUGAUGGUAGAUGGGUGAACUUGGUGAUGAAAUGUGUGACAAAUGUAUCUUAUUCCUUUGUAAUCAAUGGUAGUGUCCGGGGGUCAGUUUCCCCGGAUAGAGGUUUGCGCCAGGGUGAUCCUCUCUCUCCUUUCCUCUUUAUCUUAGUGGCGGAUGCUUUUUCGCAGAUGAUCCAGCACAAGAUCGAUCAGAAAAUUCUUCACGGGGCAAAAGCUAGCUGGAAUGAUCCUGUAGUUUCUCACCUUCUUUUUGCAGAUGAUAGCCUACUCUUUACUAGAGCUACUCGACAGGAAUGCUUAAUAAUAGUUGAUAUUCUCAACCAAUACGAAAAAGCAUCUGGUCAGAAAAUUAACUACGAUAAGUCGGAGGUGUCUUUUAGUAAAGGUGUUAGAAGGGAGCGAAAAGAAGAACUUAUUAACCUACUUCAGAUGAAGCAUGUGGAGAAACACCAGAAGUAUCUUGGCAUUCCUACAGCUACUGGCAGUUCGAAAAAGUUAUUGUUCCGUAGUAUUCUGGAUAGGAUGUGGAAGAAAUUGCGGGGGUGGAAGGAGCAACUUUUAUCCCGGGCUGGUAAGGAAGUGUUGAUCAAAGCUGUGAUUCAGGCUAUUCCGACCUAUCUUAUGGGUGUAUAUAAGUUCCCUGCAGCUAUUAUACAUGAAAUUAGCUCGGCUAUGGCUCGGUUUUGGUGGGGUGGCAAGGGUGAGGCUCGUAAGAUGCAUUGGAUUAGUUGGGAGAAAUUAUGUAAGCCUAAAUGUUUAGGCGGUAUGGGUUUUAAGGAUCUUGCGGUUUUCAAUGAUGCUUUGUUAGGGCGACAGGUAUGGCGGCUCAUCCAUUUUAAAAAUUCCCUUCUUAGUCGAGUUAUGAAAGCUAAAUACUAUCCUAGAUGUGAGAUGCUCAAUGCAAGACUUGGUUUUUCUAAUAGUUAUUCUUGGAGGAGUAUUUGGGGGGCAAAGAGUUUGGUACGGGAAGGACUUAUGUGGCGCGUGGGAAGUGGCAAUGACAUUAACAUCUGGAGUGAUCCCUGGGUGGCGGAUGAGAGAGGGAGAUUUAUUGAGAGUGAAGAAGCGGGUUCUCUUAAUAGGGUGGCCGAGUUGAUUAACCCCGAUACUAUGGAGUGGAGGAGUGAUUUGCUUAACCAAUACUUCACUGACCGCGACCGUGAUUGCAUCUUGGCUAUCCCUUUGAGCGUUGGAGGAGGAAAGGAUGAUUUGAUGUGGGCCUAUUCACAAGAUGGUAGUUAUACGGUUAAAACGACAUAUAUGUUGGGGAAGGGGGGGAAUUUGGAGGAAUUUCAUGAGGCGUGGGUUCGCAUAUGGAAGCUGGAAAUUUCGCCUAAGUCUAGGCAUUUCAUGUGGCGCUUAUGUACCAACUCUCUACCCGUACGUGCUGCUCUAAAAGCGCGACAUCUUCUUGAGGUCGCUCCGUGCCCGUGGUGUCCUGACAAGGAGGAAACGUGGUUUCAUGCGCUCAUGGGCUGUGAGAGGAUUCGCUCCUUAUGGUCUCAAUGUGGGUGCGAGGCUUUAGUGCAAGGAAGUGAAGAUAAGGACGUUAAAGAAAUGGUUCGGGAUUGGAGCCAGCUCGAGUCGAAGUUGGUGCAACGAGGGUGUGUGCUGGCCUGGAACAUCUGGUUUGAGCGAAAUAAAUUCGUGUUUGAAAACACUAGCACCCCACUUGCAAUCGUGGCUCAGCUUGUUUUCGUCAAUGCGAGGAGCAUAAUACGUAUGGCUCGUUGGCCUCCAAACAUAGCUGAAGCAAAGGCUAUAUUUCUAGCGAUUAGCUGGGCAAAGAAGCAAAGUUUGAAGGAUAUCAUCGUUGAAUCGGAUGCCCAAGUUAUUGUGUCGCGCCUCUCCCGUGCUGCAGUCUAUUUUUCAGAUUUGGAUGGCAUUCUUGGCGAUGCUCUGUCUUUAUGUUCUUGCUUUCAUUCUAUUUCUUUUUCUCAUGUUAAGAGAAGUGGGAAUUUUGUUGCCCACCAUCUUGCGAAAGUAGUGCCAUUUGGUUUUGAACAAGCAUGGGUUAAUCAUUGUCCCAAUGCUAUAUCAUCAUAUGUACUUAUGGAUGCUUUGUCCAUUGGUUAA